AUGGGAAUUGCAGACAAUGUUGACGAGUCGGACGUGGAAGACAUAGAUCUACAAGAAGAGGUAGACGGCGAUUCGUUGUCGUUAGCGCCACCACCUGCGAAUAUCUCACCGCUGUACUGUCUGCCGUUGUAUUCGUUGUUAUCGAGUGAAAAACAGCGCAAAGUUUUUGAACCAAUUCCGGAUGGGUGCAGGUUGUGUGUCGUGGCAACGAAUGUCGCCGAGACGUCGAUCACAAUCCCGGGUGUGCGUUAUGUUGUGGACAGCGGUUAUGAGAAACGACGUGUUCACGACCCAGUAACUGGCAUAUCGCAGUUCAGUGUUCAUCGAAUAUCACAGGCGUCUGCCGAUCAAAGGGCCGGUCGGGCGGGUCGCGUGCAGUCCGGUCAUGUUUAUAGGUUUGCGAUAUGUUCUUGA